GUUGGCGAAGGCCGCUGCUCCCGCCGAGGAGGAGGCGGCGGCGGGGCGCUGGCGUGCCGCUCAGGUGUCCGCUCCGCCUUCCGGCCUGAAUUUAGCUCCGUGAGUCCAGCGAGAAGGGGACCGCCGACACCUCGCCCUACUGCCGGCCGGAGCGCGACGCGGACUUCCACCGGAGGCGGGGCCCGUCAUCCCGGCGGCGGACCGACGGACCGACGCCGGGGACAGAGGGCGGUGGCCUCGGCGGAGACGGGCCCCGAACCCCGGCGGCAGACGCGCGGCCUUAGGGGCGAGCAUGAGCCCCGGGACGCCGAAAGGGGGCCGCAGGGGCUGAACCGGGCGCGGAGCGGCCUGGCCCAGCCAUCUUGACUGCGUACAGCGGCCCGCCCGAGAGGAAACUUGCUGCGCCGCCGCCCUAGGUGCCCGGCAAAGUCACCGGCGCGCGCGGAGAAAGCGAGCGACAGAGGGACGAUGAGCCGGGGGCCGGCCAGUCUGCCCUGCGAGGGCUGAGCCCGGCCGGAGUGAGCGGGGCAGACCCAGGGACUGGGGCGCCCUCCGGCAGCCACCCUCGUCUCCCGCGGCGCCGUGAGGACGCGUCCCGCGAAGGGACCAGGCUAUCGGCAGACCCCCCCCACCCCGAUCCCGGGAGAGGCGGGAGAGAGCCCGGCAGGGCGCCCUCUCUCCCCUCCUCCGGCGCUCUUGCAGGAUCUCCCAGCGCCCCUCCGCGCGCCGCCCGGAGGGCGAAGGCGCGUGGCCGAGGCGCGCAGCAUGGAGUGGGGUUACCUGUUGGAAGUGACCUCGUUGCUGGCAGCCCUGGCGCUACUGCAGCGCUCCAGCGGCGCUGCGGCCGCCUCGGCCAAGGAGCUGGCGUGCCAGGAGAUCACCGUGCCGCUAUGCAAGGGCAUCGGCUACAACUACACCUAUAUGCCCAACCAGUUCAACCACGACACGCAGGACGAGGCGGGCCUGGAGGUGCACCAAUUUUGGCCGCUGGUGGAGAUCCAGUGCUCGCCCGACCUCAAGUUCUUCCUGUGCAGCAUGUACACGCCCAUCUGCCUGGAGGACUACAAGAAGCCCCUGCCUCCCUGCCGCUCGGUAUGCGAGCGCGCCAAGGCCGGCUGCGCGCCCCUCAUGCGCCAGUACGGCUUCGCCUGGCCCGACCGCAUGCGCUGCGACAGGCUGCCCGAGCAGGGCAACCCUGACACGCUGUGCAUGGACUACAACCGCACCGACCUCACCACGGCCGCGCCCAGUCCACCGCGGCGCCCACCGCCGCCGCCGCCGCCCGGCGAGCAGCCGCCCUCCGGCAGCGGCCACGGCCGCCCGCCCGGAGCCCGGCCCCCGUCCCGCGGCAGGGGCGGCGGCGGGGACGCGGCUGCGCCCCCCGCGCGUGGCGGCGGCAGUGGCGGCGGAGGCGGGAAGGCGCGGCCCCCUGGCGGCGGCGCGGCGCCCUGCGAGCCGGGCUGCCAGUGCCGCGCGCCCAUGGUGAGCGUGUCCAGCGAACGGCACCCUCUCUAUAAUCGCGUCAAGACGGGCCAGAUCGCCAACUGUGCGCUGCCCUGCCACAACCCGUUCUUCAGCCAGGACGAGCGCGCCUUCACCGUCUUCUGGAUAGGUCUGUGGUCGGUGCUCUGCUUCGUGUCCACCUUCGCUACCGUCUCCACCUUCCUCAUUGACAUGGAGCGCUUCAAGUACCCCGAGCGGCCCAUCAUUUUCCUCUCAGCCUGCUACCUCUUCGUGUCUGUUGGCUACCUGGUGCGCCUGGUGGCGGGCCACGAGAAGGUGGCGUGCAGCGGCGGCGCGGGGGCCGCAGGCGGGGCGGGGGGCGCCGGGGGCGCGGCGGCGGGCGCGGGGGCGGCGGGCGCGGGCGCGGGCGGCCCGGGCGGGCGCGGCGAGUACGAGGAGCUGGGUGCCGUAGAGCAGCACGUGCGCUACGAGACCACGGGCCCGGCGCUUUGCACCGUAGUCUUCCUGCUCGUCUACUUCUUCGGCAUGGCCAGCUCCAUCUGGUGGGUGAUCCUGUCGCUCACGUGGUUCCUGGCGGCGGGCAUGAAAUGGGGCAAUGAGGCCAUCGCCGGCUACUCGCAGUACUUCCACCUGGCCGCGUGGCUCGUGCCCAGCGUCAAGUCUAUCGCCGUGCUGGCGCUCAGCUCGGUGGACGGCGACCCGGUGGCGGGCAUCUGCUACGUGGGCAACCAGAGCCUGGACAACCUGCGCGGCUUCGUGCUGGCGCCGCUGGUCAUCUACCUCUUCAUCGGCACCAUGUUCCUGCUGGCCGGCUUCGUGUCGCUCUUCCGCAUCCGCUCGGUCAUCAAGCAGCAGGGCGGCCCCACCAAGACACAUAAGCUGGAGAAGCUCAUGAUCCGCCUGGGCCUCUUCACCGUGCUCUACACCGUGCCCGCCGCCGUCGUGGUCGCCUGCCUGUUCUACGAGCAGCACAACCGCCCGCGCUGGGAGGCCACGCACAACUGCCCGUGCCUGCGGGACCUGCAGCCGGACCAGGCGCGCCGGCCCGACUACGCCGUCUUCAUGCUCAAGUACUUCAUGUGCCUGGUGGUGGGCAUCACGUCGGGCGUGUGGGUCUGGUCUGGCAAGACGCUCGAGUCGUGGCGCGCGCUGUGCACCCGCUGCUGCUGGGCCAGCAAGGGCGCGGGCGCGGCCGGCGCGGGCGCGGCGGGGGGCGGCCCCGGGGGCGGGGGCCCGGGGGCCGGCGGGGGCGUGGGGCCGGGCGGUGGGGCGGGCUCCCUGUACAGCGACGUCAGCACCGGCCUGACGUGGCGGUCUGGCACGGCCAGCUCCGUGUCUUAUCCAAAGCAGAUGCCAUUGUCCCAGGUCUGAGCGGAGGGGAGGGGGCGUCCGGGAGGGCUGGAGAGGGGGCGAGGAGACCGAGUGUUGCGGCGGGGGGGACACUCGGAGGCAGAGGGUCCCCCCCCUUCACCGUGUUGAUUGCUAUUAGCAUGAUAAUGAACUCUUAAUGGUAUCCAUUAGCUGGGACUAGCUUAGAACAAAGUACCUGGCAUUGAAGGCUCCCAGCCCCAGCCCCCGUUCCUCCACCGACGGGCGAGGAAUUCCUCCCGCCAGGCGUUAAUUUGUCUUGGCAGAGGAGCGUGAGCUCUGCUGCCGCGUUUCCAGGACCCAAGGUUUGGAACCCUCGCUGGUUGCCAUUUGCUGAGCUUGAAGCCAGACUUACAGAUUUCACCUGAGGGACCUAGUUUCCGCCCUCGACUCUCCUGCGUAAACCCUCACCCCUAACACGUCCUAGAGGAGGGAUGACCGCGACCUAAUGGGAUUGCACGGUUUGGGUAUUCUUAAUGACCAGGCAGAUGCCUUAAGUAAACAAACAAGAAAUGUCUUAAUUAUACACCCCAAGUAAAUACGGGUUUCUUACAUUAGAGGAUGUAUUUAUAUAAUUAUUUGUUAAAUUGUAAAAAUGUGUAAAAUAUGUACAUAUCCAAAGAUAUACAGUCUGUACAUUUUCUGUAAAAAGUUUAGAGGCCACCCCUGUAAGAACAAAUAUAAGUAUUCUAUUUUGGCAAUAAAAUGACUUUUGAUAAAUGAUUUAAACAUUGCCCUCUCCCCCUGCCUCUCCUAAACUGUUAAACCUUGAAAGUGCUUUUUGCUGAGGGCCCGUUGGAAACACGGACAUUUGCUAGUUUCUCAUUAUGUACGCUGCCCUUAGGCAUGGAGAAAAUGACCUGUUAAACUCUAGUUCCUAAGUUGUUAGCAAAGUUGAAAUAUCACUAUUGAACUGAAAUCACGAUCAAGAUUUUGCACCUUU